AUGACUUCCACGACACCCCAAACGCCUGGAGUGCCGGCAAGAUCAUACGCCCUCGAUGAGUUGAUAAUGGGGACCAAUAGUAGUAGCAUUGUUUCCAAGCGUAGCGUGGAAAGGCUGUACUACCCCAAUGAGACGCAUUACUUUCGCCACUUUGUACAGAAGUUCCAGAGGCGCGCACCACUAAUCAAUCGAGGGUAUUGGUUGAGGCUGAAGGCCAUUGAUGUCGUGGUCAAGCAGUUCUUGUACGAGAAUGCGUCCAAGAAGAGCGUUGUGAUUAACCUUGGAUGCGGUAGCGAUGUCCUCCCCUGGCAAUCACAUCUUCGAUAUGCGUCGCUCUGCAGUGAUGUUCUAUUUGUGGAUGUAGAUUACCCAGACUUGAUGGUCAAAAAGCGAUCCAUCGUACUGGAGACACCACAGCUACGAGAAAUUUUGGGACGGAAUUUCGUCACCAGUGAGUCGGCCGAGGAUCAAGUUCUAUUACGAAGUGAUCGCUAUUGCCAAAUUGGAUGUGACCUUCGGGAGCUUCCAAGAUUGAGAGAAUCGUUGGAGUCGCUUGGUCAGAUGGCCAACCGCCCGGUACUUUUCGUCGCGGAGGUAUCCAUCACCUACAUGGACACAACGUCCGCCGAUGCUUUGAUUCAUUGGGCAAGUGGCGUUGGAAAAGCGGAAUUCUGCCUUCUGGAGCAACUACUACCGAAUGGACCGGCCCAUCCUUUUGCGGCAACCAUGCUCAGUCACUUCAAUAAGCUUAAAACGCCGCCAAAAUCAGUUGGGCAAUAUGCUACCAUUGAUCAGCAAACCAGGAGAUUUGCAAAUCGUGGCUAUUCAGAGAUCAGUAUUUGGGACCUGUGGGAGGCCUGGUCAAGCGAAAAAUUCGUAAACAGCUCAGAAAGGGCAUCUUUGGACGAAAUAGAACCAUUUGACGAAUGGGAGGAAUUCGUCCUGUUUUGUCGGCACUACUUUGUUAUUCAUGCUUCCACCUCAAAACAAGACAAGCCAGUAUCUAAGUCGUCAAUGUGCGAUGGCGAGGAGAAGCCCGAGAAAGCGGAUGGGUUCGAGAUUUCGAUAACCAGGUAUGAUGUGCAAGCACCCAAGAGGCGAUUUGGAGACGCCCUUGCUCUUGUCGACCCUACUGGGGCUACAUGUGCCUUGCACCUCAUGGGGAUAGGAACAACUGGCAGGGCGGAGUCAUACGAUAUCUAUAGCCUCGAUGGGCAAGUCGAUAUACCCGUGGCUCCAAUUGUUGGACCCAUCCCGCGCAUGUGUCACACGUUAACGGACUUGGGUGACUACGGUGUUCUCCUUGCCGGUGGCAGGACUUCACCGGCAAAUGCGUUGUCGGACUGCUGGAUGUUUAGCAAGUCAAGUCGAGAAUGGACACCAGCCCCAAGUCUUCCAAUCCCGCUAUUCAGGCAUGCGUCUAUUCGUCUACCUGGGAGUUCUCUCGCCCUUGUCGUCGGUGGCAAAACAGGGUCGUCGACAAUAUCGCAAGACUGCUAUGUUUUUCAUGCCGCGAGGGGCUGGUUAAAAUGCGAGGUGCUUGGCGACUUACCCACUCCUCUAUUUGGCGCAAUCCUAUGCAACUCUUCGUUCCGGCAAAAAUUUGAUGGCAAAUUUGAUGGCCUACUAGCUGGUGGUAUAGGACCAGACGGUCGGAUCAGCUCGAAGAAUUAUAACUGGCACCUCGAAGUCAACAUGACACAGCCCAUUAUACGAUUCAACCUAUCUGGCGAUGAGCUGGAUCCAGAUAGACUUCUUUCAGUCUUUGGUGCCAGAACGAUUGAUAUUGAAUCACAAACUUUGGUUUGCGGAGGUGUCGGAGCACGUCCCGAAUGGAUGGGCCAGAAUUUCCUUGCGGUAGAUAUGUCGACCGAAGGUGCUUGCGUCAUAUCAAAGGCCGACCUGCACCCCAAAGACUCUACAUUGCCAUUUAUGAUUGGAGCCUCGAUAAUGCAGACCGACAACAGCCUUUGGAUCCUUGGUGGUGGAGCAACUUGCUUUUCAAUGGGUACGUUCUGGGAAACUGGCCUCUUCCAAGUCCACUUGAAGAGCAGAGCAGGACAAGACAUGAGCUGCCAACCUACGGGGCGGAAGGCAUCAAUGAUACAGUAUUUGGGAUCGCAAAAGGUUGUCAGUAGUAGUACUGGGCAGAGCGGGCGCCAGGCGCCUAGCCAGGCGAAGGCGACCAUCACAACAAUCCCUCGAGUUCGGCUUCGAACGCCAACGCAAUUCAACGAUAUAUUGCAGGCCGGCUUGCCAGUUAUUAUUGAGCAAGCAGACUUUGGCGACUGCAUACAGAAAUGGACACCUUCAUAUAUGAUCAGUCGGGUUGGAUUCGAUACAAAGGUUGUUGUGCACGAGUGCAAACACGACACUGAAAGGAUGGAUUUUAACUUGAAGAACUUCCGCUACGUCACCGAGUCCUUUGGGAAAGUCAUGGCGCGUGCUGAGGCCGGGGAACGCGUCUACCUGCGCGCUUUGUCCCAGGCAAAGCCGUCAGAACAGCCCGCCAACAUCCGUGACGAUUUUCCUGGAUUAGCUGGCGACUUUUCUCUCCCUAAGGAAAUGGACUUGGUCAACCAAUCCGCGUUCAGUUCUGUUCUCAGGGUAUCCGGGCGGACAAAUAUGUGGCUUCACUACGACGUAAUGGCCAACAUCUAUGCUCAAGUGGCAGGAUCGAAACGUAUGAUACUGUUUCCGCCUCGUGACGUGGGACAUUUAUUAUUUGCCCCUGGAGCAUCUAGCUCAAGCCUUGACGUCUUUUCUGAGCUAGAAUCAUCAAGGCUGGCGGCAACACAACCGUAUGAAGCAAUUGUUGGGCCGGGUGAUAUGUUGUUCCUACCGCCGUGUUGGCUACACACGGCCACAACUAUUUCAGCCUGCAGUGUUGCGGUGAAUGUUUUCUUUCGAGACUUGGAUAAUGGAUAUGCCGCUGGCAGGGAUGUGUAUGGCAACCGAGACUUGGCUGCGUACGAAAAGGGGCGACAGGAGAUUACUCGUAUAGGAAGGAGUUUUCAAAAUGUUCCACUGGAGACGCGCCGCUUCUACUUAAAACGACUGGCAGAUGAGUUAGAGAUGACGGCCGAAGGGGUGUGA